GGCGGCGGCAGCGGCGGCCCAAGAUGGCGGAGCUGCAACUGGACCCGGCGAUGGCGGGGCUGGGAGGGGGUGGCGGGAGUGGGUUGGGCGACGGGGGCGGCCCGGGUCGCGGGCCCCCCAGCCCUCGCCCCGCUGGCCCCACGCCCCGCGGGCACGGCCGCCAGCCCACCGCUGCCGCGCAGCCGCUGGAGCCGGGUCCCGGACCACCCGAGCGGGCAGGGGGCGGUGGAGCCGCCCGCUGGGUCCGGCUGAACGUGGGCGGCACCUACUUCGUGACCACCAGGCAGACCCUAGGCCGGGAGCCCAAGUCUUUUCUCUGCCGCCUCUGCUGCCAGGAGGACCCGGAGCUGGACUCAGACAAGGACGAGACAGGGGCCUAUCUGAUUGACAGGGACCCUACCUACUUUGGUCCUAUCCUGAACUACCUCCGUCAUGGGAAGCUCAUCAUUACGAAGGAGUUGGCAGAAGAAGGUGUGCUGGAGGAAGCGGAGUUUUACAACAUUGCGUCUCUCGUGCGACUUGUUAAGGAAAGGAUACGGGACAACGAGAACAGAACUUCACAGGGCCCCGUGAAGCACGUGUACAGAGUCCUGCAGUGCCAAGAAGAGGAGCUCACGCAAAUGGUGUCCACUAUGUCUGACGGUUGGAAAUUCGAACAGCUAAUCAGCAUCGGAUCUUCCUAUAACUAUGGAAGUGAGGACCAGGCAGAAUUCCUCUGUGUUGUCUCCAGGGAAUUAAAUAAUUCCACCAACGGCGUCGUCAUCGAGCCCAGCGAGAAGGCAAAGAUUCUUCAGGAGAGAGGAUCUCGGAUGUAAAGUCCGGAGUCCUAACCGACGAGAAAGCAACCCAGCAGAGCACCUCUGUGAAGUUAAAUCUUGCUCCUGUACAGUAACCGAGCUACUGCAAAGCAAAGCUGAGCCUGGCCCCCCGGUGGAGAAGUGUUCUGGUCAAAACCAAAGGAGCCCCAGCCCCACCCACAGGAACCGGAAGACAGAGGCCGCUUCCGGCUGCAGAAUACCUUUUCAGUACCUGCUUCUGUUUUCUUAGCCGGUGUUAUAACACAUCUUUACAAGGGCAGCUGGGCCGGGUUCCCAGCUGGAGCUGAUCUAGGGCUAAGGGGAGGGGAAGAGGAAGGCCUAGGUCUUUGCACAUAUGCUGUGCUUCAAGGAAGCUGGAGCAAACGAAGAGGUUUUUCCCUGCGCUGCGCCGUGUUUCCACCUGAGUGGGCCACAUCGGACGUUGGCAGCCGCUUUGUCACACCAUCUUUCCCCGCCCGUGCACCCCAGAAUAAUGCAGCAGAUGCCGAGGGUUCUAGCUUCAGGUUGUUGA